AUGGCUUCAAAACCGGUGAAUCUGGUUAUUAAACCCAGAGGACGCACCAUCAAGAAGCUCCCAUCUGAGGCCACGACCUACCUGCAGGGCAGCACUGCCGACCUCUACCAGCGCAUUGCCGCCGAGUCUGGCAUCUCUAUUCACCGCCUCCGCUUGACCAAGGGCAGCGAUGGCUCCGCCGUCCCUAAUGCAAAGGACUACACUGUCGAGCGUACCGGCCUACGCAGCGACAGCGUCGUCUACGUGAAAGAUCUUGGUCCGCAGAUCGCCUGGCGCACCGUCUUCAUCAUCGAAUACCUGGGCCCGCUGCUCAUCCACCCUCUCUUCUACUACCUGCGCCCCUACCUGUACAAGAAUGCUCCCGCGGAGCCCUCAUACCUGCAGUGGCUGUCCUGCGUCAUGCUGGCACUGCACUUUGCCAAGCGCGAGUUUGAGACUAUCUUCGUACACCGCUUCUCCAGUGCUACCAUGCCUGCGCGCAACAUCUUCAAGAACUCUGCUCACUACUGGGUCCUCGGUGGUGCCAACAUUGCUUACUGGAUCUACUCUCCUACCGCUCCUACCGCCGGCCCUUCGAACCCUUUGAUCACAUAUCUCGCAAUCGCUCUCUUCGUUGUUGGCGAGCUGGGCAACUUGAGCAACCAUUACACUCUUCGCAACCUUCGUAGCACGGGCGGCACCGAACGUGGCAUCCCCAGCGGUCUGGGCUUCGACCUUGUGACAUGCCCCAACUACAUGUUCGAGGCGCUCGCAUGGAUCGGUAUCUGGUUGGCAUCAUGGAGCUUGAGCACUGGUCUCUUCGUCGUUGUGGCUGUGGGCCAGAUGGGCGUAUGGGCAAAGAAGAAGGAACGCAGAUACCGCAAGGAGUUCGGUGACAAGUACCAGAAGAAGAGAUUCGCCAUGCUUCCCGGCUUGUACUAA